AUGCGUAGCCUCUUGGCCUCGACUCUCGUGCUCGCCGGCUCUGCCAUCGCCGCACCCGCACCAGCCCCCCAAACCUGCACCAGCGACUCCGUCGCGGUAUCAGAAUGGAGCGUCAGCGACUUUGAAUACCACGCCUCGUACGUCUUCACCACGCCGGCGCACCAAAACUCGGCCGGCACCGUCAACUUCAGCCUCACAAACGCGGCCGUCCCCUACACGGCGCAGUGCUUUGCCGCGUCGACGCAGCUGCAAGACUUCUUCUACGGCAACGUGCCCUACAAGUGCACCCUGCCCGCCGCCAACUCGGCCGACGAGGUCACCUUUACCUUUAACAGGGCCUCGGGCGAGCUCAAGCUCGAGCAUUCGUGGAACUGCGCCAGCGAGAACAGCCGCUUCAAGGCCAGCGGCGGCGCCAACGUCGGUCUCAAGUGCCAUGAGCAGGAGACCAAGAAUGAUAAGUGGCAGAUGGGUCAGGAGUAUUCCCGCCGCGAAAUCAGCUGCGACCGCGUGACCCUGAAGGUGCCCAUUACCGAAAAGAGCGGUGUUGCUUAA